GCGUGUCAGCAGCUGACGUUGUCCCUAGUCGGUUCAAAGCUCGAGACAGUCUGUAUCUGUGGCGAGACACCCAGGGUAACAAAGUUUAACUGAGGUUUAAUGUGUACAUUAUAGUCUUGAUGUACCUGGAUAGUUGUACGUUCUGACAUCAUGAGACUAUUUCUGUGACCCUUGGUGCCUCCUGACUCCGGGACUUCAGCGUCGCAGGUAUAGCGAGCUGCUGUCAAGCACUGUGACCUGUGACCUCUCUACCUUGUCCCUAACCUUCCACCUUGUGACAUGGCGCUGCGGCUUAUCUUUGUGGGAAUCACGUUAGUGUUUAUCGUUUACAGUCUCGGCGCCGUUGUUCCCUCCGGCCAUCGAAGCCGAACAAAGCGCACGCUACUGCAGGCGUGUGAACUGAUCCGUGUCCACACCAACCGCGGUUGCUUCGACUACUACCAGUAUGGCUGCUUCUGCGGCCUGGGCAACGCUGGCACUCAGGAGCCGCUUGACGAUGUCGACGAGUGUUGCAGACAACAUGACCGGUGUUACGGGCAAGUGACGUGUCUGUGGUUCUACCCGCAGUUUGUGGGAUUUGACUACACGUGCACGGAGAACGGCACGUGCACCUGUACAGAUGACCAGCUGUGGAGUCCGUGUGCCCGCAGUGUGUGUGACUGUGAGCUGACGUUCGCGCAGUGUUUGGGGAACGCGCGAUACAACGGACAACUGCGCAACUACGACUGGCGUCAGUGCGUCAGCCACGAGCAACCACAUCUCAGCAGUCCGUAGUAAGAAACCAAAAAAAAACUAUUUACUGAUGCGUUACAGAGGAAUACAAGGUCCAUGUGCUUUAGCUAAUUGAUCAAAAUAUUCCUCCUUUUUGUAGCAAUCGUGCUUUACAAGCCCUAUUUAUGUUGUAAUGGACCAAACAACAAGGCUUAUUUAUGCCAUAAUGAACAUAAAGUAAGGCUUAUUUAUGCUGGAAUGGACCAGAUAACUCUUCAUAUGUUCAUAUGAAAGUUUCGUUAAACGAAAUGCUUUAUAAAUCGUGUUUUUUCUCAGGAAACUGUUUGUGUGCAAGUGUGCAAUCAAACAUAACGCUAUCAUUUAAAAAAGCUUGAAUUUUGCAAUAAGUAUUGGGUUCUCAAAUCAUUCUUGUCGCAUUCCAGCUGUUUCUUUUUUUAUUAGUGUAAAUGCUCAGAAAAUUGUCUGUAAGAUGGUGUGAAUACGUUUUCGACUGUUUGUAAGUAGCUGCGUAGGUAUUUAUGUACAACAAACUUUCCGUUCUCUUUCAGUUUAAGCGAUUGCUUCAUAUGGUGCUGUAUGCAUUUUUUCCCCUUCUUUGAUCAUUAAAGAUAAGUCAGCAUGUAAUCUUGAGGUAUAUGAAUCGCUAUAACCCAAGAAAACAAUAGUGUUGACAACAAACAACUAACUCUUUUUCUAAAAAAAAAAAAACGUCCGUCGCUUGCUUUUAUUUGCUCGCCUUUCUAUGGCGCACAACAGACAAUCAAAGCCUUCUUGAUAAUUCGUUUGUCGAAUUAUAAUCAGCUUCUAAGGUUUUUCAAUUCAUGCAUUUUCCAGUAUUAGAACCAGAACAAAUGAGCUCAACUGCUUUUAGGUAAAGCAUCUUUGGAGAAUUGCUUAUGUAAUUUCAUCUUCAUUUCGUUCAUAUUUUGUAAUGAAUUUUUCUGUCCGUCUCAGUUUUGCGUUAAUAAUGUAUCGCGCGUAUUUCUUCAAUGUUUAAUAAAAUCAAGAUGUUUGCAA